UCGACUACGAUCUGACCAUGCCAGCAGGGGCCGUGCCGUUUCCUUUCGGAGACUGUCGGGUCUGUAACGACCAUGCUACAGGGGUCCACUACGGAGUCGCCACGUGCGAGGGAUGCAAGGGAUUCUUUAAGAGGAGCACUAUGAGAGAAGAAAAGUACAAGUGUUUCUUUGGCGGUUCAUGUGUGUUGACACCACAGAAUAGGAGUCGAUGUAAGGCAUGUAGAUUCCAAAUGUGCAUGAAGCAGGGAAUGGCUAUCGAUGCUGUAAAAAUGGGAAGAAUUCCGAAAUUGGAAAAAGAGAAAGCUUUGAGAGAUUUCAAUUCCAAUCAUUCAGCUGCCACAGCCCCAGGUGCUGAUUUACCACCACAGCAGAGACAGCAUUACUCCGGCACUACAUCAACACAAUCACUACCGAAUUUCUCUACAACUCAAUCGUUACCAUCACAACAGAAAAUUUGUACGACUUCGUCUUUACCUUCAAGACAUAAUUUCACUACAGCUUCAUCCUUACAAUCACAACAUAACUUUUGUUCCUCCGAUUCAAAACCAUUCCAACAAAUCGUCUUCGGCACCCAAUCCGUACCUUCACACCAGAAAAUGGCCUUCUCUGCUAAAUUUGAUUAUCAAAUGAAUCAAAAACCCAAUAUUGCUACCUGUUUGGACAAAAAACAGUAUGAAGAGAAAAUAAUGCCUACUAACUAUUUUCUUGAGCUUGAUAAAGAUCCUACAGCAGACAACGGUUAUUUCGCUGACCUUGACAAAGACCUUUCAGGGUUGUGGAGGUCAAAUGAAAAAACUGUAUCCAAUGCUCAGAAAGAUGAUUGCAUGAAGCAAACUAUGUCUAUGGAUAACAGAAAUGGUUCACAGGCUGGGAAAUGUCAGCUGUUUGACGACCAACAUUUCAAUAACAGGUUCGACAUGUCGCAAGACAAAGAAUGUCUGCAUGCAGGUAAACAACCCUUCUGGAACCUGGCUGGAGCAACGAAAACAACAAAAACAAACUGCCAGACCGCAAAUGAGGGUUUUCCAUCACCUCUUAACGACACAGGCUGUGUCAGGAAUCAGGCAUCUUUAGAUGAGAUGCCAUUCUGUCAACAACAAGAAUAUGCACAAACUACAUCACUUUCCCAAUAUCACUGUCAACAACAUAGUGGCAUGGAAACCGACCUGGUCGCAAUGCAGGAUAGGAACCAACGAGAGUCAGUAAGCAAGCAGCAUUAUGAUAGCGUCAAAGAGCUUGAACGACAUAUCCAACAAGGGGUGGUUUUUGAUGAGAAGGCAUUGCAAGAAGCGGUCACAGAUGAGGACAACCAUACUGGCACUAGUCGGGAAUACUGGGGGGGAGACAAAAACAGUCAUUCUGGAAGUAACAAUCAAAGCGCCAGUCAAAUAGCCAUGCCUUAUUCUGAGGAAUGUUCAAAACUGCACGGCCAGUCAACUAAAGAGGGUGGUGAUAAUAAAGAGGACAACAGACAACUACAGGAGAUGGACACAAAUGGAGAAAAGAAGUUAGGUAGGUAUGACCAGACUGACACAGUGGGUAUAUCAAAGAUGGUCAUGGAUACCGAAACGUUGGGACUUGUGGAAAGCACAAUUGACAGGCUGAAAGUAGCGGUAGAUACAUUUUAUACUUCAUUGAAGGAAAGGAGGGCACUCAUUCAGGAUUACUUCGAUAAAAAGGUGUCUAUGAAGUUCACUAACCCUGCUGAUAUCAGUGAAGUGUGGAAGAUGUUAAUGGGAUCCCUUGUACAAGUAAAUAAAAGGAACAUCACCUUUUGUUCGGGCGUGCCUGGAUUUAGCAACCUUGAAGCAGGUGAUAGGGAGAAGUUGGUCUUACGUGCCUACUUAGAUGUCUGGAUGAUAUCUUCCAGCGAGUUCUUUAUUGAUGAAGAGUGUUAUAUACUUAUCGGAGAGGGUAUCUUCUACAACAGGGCAACCAUGACAGCGAUCAUGAAUCCCAGUAUAGUGAAUAAAAUGUUUUUAUUUGCCAAAAAACUCAACAAACUGGCCUUAUCUGACUUUGAACUGGGAGCGUUGUGUGCAGUUCAAUUAUUAACAGGAGAUGAAUUGGAGCUAGAAAACCGUGAAACAGUGGAAGAGCUACACUCUCAUUACCUCGAUGUCUUCGUCCAUACCAUCUCCCGGAACCACCCAAUGACAGGCAGUCGUCUGCUGGUGGAUGUGUUUAGGCUAUUCCCUCUCCUCAGUGAGAUCAACAAAAUCAACACAUCCGUCAUGUCAAAGAGUAAAAUGAAUGGUCCAUCUACUCCGGAGUAGUUAUUUCUAUUAUAUUUGUAACAGUAACACAAAUGCAAAAUAGCUAACUGAAGGACGACCGGGUUUUUAAAACCCAAGACAAAGACAAUUCAUCUUCAGCGCACCUACCGGCAGUACAAGUGUCCCAUAGUAUGACGCACGAUCGUGUAUUUAUCAAUCAUGUGCAUUUCUUCUUCAAACGACUUCUUAAUAAGUAGUAUACCUUGGGUGCCUUACAAAGUCACAAGUGUCAAAUGUGGUAAAUUAUCUAAGCUGCAAUUUUGGAAUACCCAAAAGACCUUGAUCCUGACAUUUAGCCAGCAGUAGGCUUCGAUGAAGUGCGUUAAAUUGCUUCCAUAUUUGUUGAAACGACUGAUCUGACCCCUAGAAGGCCAUAAGGUCAAACGACUGAUCUGACCCCUAGAAGGCCAUAAGGUCAAACGAUUUAAAACAAACUUAGAUGACUCCUUCUGAAUACUGAAGCGGCUUAGGGUCAUGAUAGUUGUUAGGUAGAAUACAAGGCUGAAAAGCUACCGAGAAUUUUUGAACAAACGUCCUUCAACAACUAUUAAGGUCACAGGAGUCAAUUUUGUUAAAACAUUUGAUUGACUAAUUAAGAAUAACCAAGAGACAAUGGGUAGUUGAAUUUGGUCUGAAGUGUCAAAGAGUCAAUCGAGUUGUAAAAAUGUCAAAUGCGUUUAAACAGUUAAGCGACUUUUGUAUGAGUAAGAGGUGUAAAGGUAAGACAUUUUAUUUGUUGUAUGUUUGGAAAGAGAGCUAUCAAAUUAUUUCUAUUGAAUGACACUCACAAACUUUCAAGGUCAAAGAAGUCAACUGUGUUGAAAAGGUGCUUCUUCUGGGUAACCAAGAAGUUUAAAGUCGUUAUAUUUCGUAUUAAGUUUGCUAAGAGGGAGAGCUGUCAUUUUGUUUUAAUGCAUUAUCUUGUCCAGCUGUCAAGGUCACAGGGAUGAAAGGUGUUAAACCUUUGAACAACGGAGUCUGGAUUACAAAGAGGCCUUUACUAAUCAAAUAUGGACAGUAGCAUGGUUGUAUAAAGGUUUAAACAAGAUUUAAAAUAAAGGAAAAUAUAAGCAGCGGGAAAAGAAAAAUCUAUUUAAA